UGGUGGGGGAUGAGCUGGAGCACCUGCAGCAGGCACUGGGAGCACUGGGAUACUGAAACCCCAGCAGUAUCUGGGGCCAUAGUGGCCUAUAUUGGUCUGUACUGGUGCAAACUGGUCCGUACUGCUCCAUGCUGGGAUGUGUAAAUUUGCGGCCAAUACCAAGUUGGGUGUGAGCGUUGAUCUGCUGGUUUCUGCUUGGUUUCUGACAUUGCUCAGGUGGAACUUUGACAUCAUGUAGUGCUUCCCACACUGCUGGUGCUGCUUCCCCUACCUCUAUGAAGGAAUCUCCUCUGAUGAAGACAUCAUGUAUAUUAUGGCACAUUUUCACCUUGUGAGGAAGUGAGACCUUGUGUGGGUUUGUGGUGUUCAUGGGAGGGAGCUGAGUCCCCUUCCAGCCCCAGGGCUACAAUCCCAGGAGGAGAUGCCUCAACCAACCAGGCUGAAUCCCUUUCUUCAGCAGGGGUAAAGGACAUCUCAGCCUCUCCUGGCCUAGCUGUCCUGUCUGAUGAUGGGACGAGAAAGAGGCUGCCCAAGGAAGUGGUUGUGUCACCAUCCCUGAAACCACGCGGGAGCUGCAGCUCUGCCACUUCUGGCUCUUCCUGGGCAUCUCCCUGGCUGCGCUCCUGGGCAACGGCCUCAUCAUCACCAGCACAGCCUGCGACCAGCGCCUCCACACCCCCAUGUACUUCUUCCUCCUCAACCUCUCCCUGCUGGACCUGGGCUACAUCUCCACCACUGUCCCCAAAUCCAUGGCCAAUUCCCUCUGGAACACCAGGGCCAUCUCCUACACAGGUUGUGUUGCACAGCUCUUUUUCUUUGCCUUUUUCAUUUCAGCAGAGUAUUUUCUCCUCACUGUCAUGUCCUACGACCGCUACGUGGCCAUCUGCAAGCCCCUGCACUAUGGGACCCUCCUGGGCAGCAGAGCUUGUGUCCACAUGGCAGCAGCUGCCUGGGGCACUGGCUUUCUCACUGCUCUGCUGCACACGGCCAAUACAUUUUCACUGCCCCUAUGCCAAGGCAAUGCUGUGGAGCAGUUCUUCUGUGAAAUCCCCCAGAUCCUCAAGCUCUCCUAUUCACACUCCUACCUCAGGGAAGUUGGGCUUCUUGUGGUUGCUGCCCUGAUUGUGGUUGGCUGUUUUGUUUUUAUUGUGGGGUCCUAUGUGCAGAUCUUCAGGGCUGUGCUGAGGAUGCCCUCUGAGCAGGGACGCCACAAAGCCUUUUCCACGUGCCUCCCUCACCUGGCUGUGCUUUCCCUGCUUUUCAGCACUGGCACACUUGUCCACCUGAAGCCCCCCUCCAUCUCCUCCCCAUCCCUGGAUCUGGUGGUGUCAGUGCUGUACUCGGUGGUGCCUCCAGCAGUGAACCCC